AUAUAAACACUUGGGUGGCAGCUGCUUAUAGCCAACUCAAGAUAAACCCAACAAAGCAUUUCUUUUUUCUUUCUCUUUUCUCUUUUCAGCUUACAAUAUGGACUGGACCAGAGGCCACACCUUAGGCCAUGGCUCCACCGCCACCGUCUCCCUCGCCAAGUCUAUCCACUCCGGUGACGUUUGGGCAGUCAAAACCGCCGAACUCGACCAAUCUCAAUUCUUGCAAAGGGAGCAAAAUAUUCUCUCUUCUCUAACCUCUCCACAUAUAGUUAGUUACAAGGGCUAUGACAUUACUAGAGAGAAUAACCAGGUUAUGUACAAUCUUUUCUUGGAGUACAUUUCUGGCGGUACACUUACCGAUGCAGUUCAGGCUCACGGUGGCCGGUUAGAAGAAUCGGUGAUCAGAUACUACACUUAUGAAAUUGUUCAAGGUCUAGAUUACCUACAUUCAAAUGGCUGGGUUCAUUGUGACAUCAAAGGUAGGAACGUCUUAAUAGGGAAAACUGGCGCCAAAAUUGCGGAUUUUGGGUGUGCGAAGAGGCUCGACGCGGUGGAGGCUGCGGCUGAGUCAGCUGCGCCAAUUGGCGGCACACCCAUGUUUAUGGCACCGGAGGUGGCGCGUGGAGAGGAACAGGGGUUUGCUAGUGAUAUAUGGGCUUUAGGGUGUACAAUUAUUGAAAUGGCUAGUGGUGGUGCACCGUGGCCUAAUGUCAAUGACCCAAUUUCUGUUAUGUACCGGAUUGGAUUUUCCGAACAGUUGCCGGAGUUCCCCUGUAGUCUAUCAGAGCAAGCAAGGGAUUUCUUGGAUAAGUGUUUAAGAAGGGAUCCAAAACAGAGGUGGACAGCCAAUCAGCUUCUGAAGCAUCCUUUUCUGGGAAAAUCCAAUUCUCAUGCAAAACAAAUUCAAAAAUCUAAUUCAAGUUCAAAUUCUCCUACAAGCAUUCUUGACCAAGGCUUUUGGAACUCACUGGAUGAAUCAGAAUCAGAAUCAGAGAAUGUAGACAAUCAGGUCCAAAGAAGUGAUGAAAUUUCAGCCAAGGAGAGGAUCAGACGGUUGUCCUUGCUUUCAGGGGGUCCCAAUUGGGACUGUGAUGAGAACUGGACCUCAGUUAGAGGCAAUUACAGAGAAGACCGUGAUACAGUCAUGUACUCAAUUGAAGAUAAAGAAGAUGUGAAUAGUUACAGAUCGGUGCACCAAAAAAGCUACGGUGGUAGUGAGCAAUCAUUGGAGGACUUGUUAGAAAGCAAUAUUAAUAAUAGGAUUAGUGGGGAAUUUUUGGGUGCGUGUAAAUAUAAGAGAGAUAAUUUUCUAAUUAGCAGUAAUCUAGAAUUUAAUAGGCACAAAGAUACCUUGUUAAUUCCUUAUAUUCCAGGAUUAUUAUUACAAGCAUAAACAUUAACCUCUCCCUCUCUAA